CCGAUCGCCCCGAAAUUAAAAGGACUCAAUCGAUCGGGUAUCGCGCCAACCGAACACUGCGACAUAUAACAAAGCCCCUCUCUCUCUCGCGCGCGCGCGCCCCCGCGUGACGCUCUAGCUCUCCACAUGGCGGCCUCGUCGGCGGCCCAUAACGCCACCGCGCCGGCCUCAAUCGCCGGCGUCGCGGGGGGGAACCGCACGGAGGCGCCGCCGAAGACGCUCCGCGGCCUCAACAAGCCCAAAUGCAUUCAGUGCGGCAACGUCGCUCGCUCCAGGUGUCCUUACCAGUCAUGCAAAAGUUGCUGCUCCAAAGCUCAAAAUCCCUGUCAUAUUCAUGUUUUGAAAGCCAAUGCAACUUUUCCAGACAAGACCCCACCUUCCAGCUCUCCUAUCUUUAGUCAGCAGGCAACUGAACAAUCUCCUUCAGGGAGUUCACUGAGAGUUGCAUCUCUUCGGCAACUAUCCAACAAUUUCUCCCAAUUCAAUAAUGUGCAAAUGCCAUUGCGUACUAAGAAGCCAUUAACUAGAAAGGAUGCUGCGGCUAUAAAUGAAUGGAGGUUUGCCAAGUUAAAGGAGUUCAAAGAUCGGCAUAUCGAGGUAGAGGACGAAUCUUUUGACCGAUAUAUGCAGAAUGUUAGCCUACUAGAAGAUGUAUUUGCCUUGGAGUCGCUAGCCGAAGGUUCUGGCCAAGAUGAGUCCCCUACAUCAAUACCUGGCCCCGCUUGUGGGGAGGAGAAGAGCAUUGUCUUCUCAGAGAUGAAACUGAAGCUAAAAGCGAACCCGGUUAGGAAGGAGAAUUUGAGAAAGAGGAUUCAUGGAGUCAUUGAUGAAGGGUUGAGGAAACUUCAAAAACUUGAGCUGAAUAAUCAGGCAAAUGAUUCAGUUGUCCAAGGUGAACUGAUUAAUAGGCCCAAAAUAAAAGGUUUCUUGGUCGAAAGAGCUUUGAUUAUCCAUGAUCUAAACGAGAAGCUGAACAAAGCACGGAAUGAGGAGGAUUUAAAAUCUUGCUUGGAUAUGCAAGCCCAGUUAAUUAGUCAGCACGUUGGGUCGGGGGAAACAGUAGCAGAAAACACCAAGCCAUCCCUGCCAGCACAUGCUGCUGAAGAUGAUAAAAAAAUGGGGUCUGGAUCUGCUUUUUCUUUACCAAAGUCUGUAAGUACUGCUGAGAUUGAUCAAGAAACUCUCAACAUUAUCAGUUCUCACUUCUCUUCUCUUGAGCAGAUAGAAAAUCUGUAACAUGAUUUGAAGGUUGGACACCGGCCAAAGGCUGAAAUUGAGGAUGGAGUAACAUUAUUGUUUGUUGUACUGGAAUCAGUUGCGUAGGUAGUUUCAUGUCCAAGCGCCCUUGUAGAUUUUACUCCUUGUUCUUUAUGCUGCGAACAACUAUGUUUCAGAUGGUUAUUGGCGUCGAUGUGAUUUAUUGUCGCAAUGUUCGGACACUCUUGUUGCAUACAUUAGCUCUAUUUAGCUUGCAUAUGAUACCUGUGGAUGCAUUUGUGGGGAAUUGCUCACACUUCGUG